GUUCCAUGCGAGACUUGCGUAAAACGUGGUUGUGACUCAAUAUGUCCUAGUGGAUCUUUGACAACGGGAAAGGGCAAUCGCCUUGUGCUCACAAAUACAGAGGAGUUGCACAACAAAAUCGAAGUAAUGUCAGCGCGGAUACGUGAACUUGAGGAGACGCUCCGCCAAAUGCACUCCAAAUCAUCCGAUUCACCGCACCCACUGCUUUCAGACACCACUAGUGUCCUUUCAAAUGAUAGUCCAGGAUCUAGCUCAAGCACCAACUUUCCUGAACAACAGCCCCAAAUUUCGAAUAAGGCUGAUGCUGAUUCUGUCAUAGAUGCAUUCGGCACGCUCACCAUUGGCACUCGUGGAGAAACCACUUUCAUGGGCGGCACCGCCCGUUCAGAACCACCUCUGAAACAACCAAAGCCUCCUUUUUCUGAAACCUUUCCCCGACUUUCGAAACAGAUCCUCGAUACUUGGUUACCUGGUUCUGACUGUACCCUGUCUGACAAUGGCCUUUGGAAACCUGUUUUUUCAUAUCUGCCCCCAUUAUCAGAGGCGAUCCGCCUUAGUGAGAUUUACCUUGAAUGGGGUGAAGUCUUGUGGACUCCCCUGACACGAUCGGACCUUUUCGAUAAUAUCCUUGGAAGUGUUUAUCGUGCGAGAUCAUACUUGUUCAUUGGGUUAGCUGUAAAGCUUGGCUACAGGGUUCAUCUUUCUGGUGCUAGGUGGAAGCUUAAUGACGCUGUUAUUCAAAAACGCAGUUCCGUCUUUUGGCAGAUGUUCAUGCUGGACACCUGGAUUAGUUUCUAUUCCGGCCGCCCACCGAAUGUCUCCCCUGAUUGGAUCGACACUCCUUACCCAAAUGAUGAUUUCGCGGUAGUUAAUGAUAAAGGGGAAAAGGAGAUGAGUGGGCACAUGUGGUCGUGGCAAUUUUCGCGGCUCCUGCACCACGUAAUGGUUAAUGCGUUUGGAGCCAAGACACCUACCUACAGCACUAUCCUCGAACUCGAUCGGAAAAUCCGCGAUUUCCCUAUCCCCCCACAUCUCCAGCCCCGUUGUACCAUGCACGAACCUCUCACAAAAGCCACACUUCUUGAGCAAGUCCACAUGUCUUUUCUCCUCACAAACAAGGAAACCACGUUGUUAAAUAUCCAUCGACGAUACUUUACACAAGCUUUAGAGGACCAACCCAACGACCUCCUGAAGCAUAAGUACGGUCCUUCGGUCAUGGCGAUGUAUCGCUCUGCAUGGCGAGUGAUAGAAAAUCACUCGCAUGCAGUUAGGAAGAUUCCGCAAGCGAUAGAGCGUUUGAGUCUGUACUGGUCACAUGCUUUAUCCGCCGCCAUCGUCAUGUGUAUGAUCGUUAAUCGUGCGCCUCAAUCAAACAUAGCGCCUUCUUCAUUGCGCGAGCUUGAUGUCGUAUACGAAGUGUUCCAGAAGUCAGCGCCUUCCUCAAAGCCUGCUGCCUUGCUCCUCGACUCAAUAACAAAAGUGUGGAAAAAAGGUCACGACGCUGUUGAUCGCCCUCUUGAUAACGAUCAGUCCAGCUUAUCCCGCGCCGAGCUCGAUCGCCUUGGCGGCGGCAAAACUCAUCUAAUAUCCAAAACGAGUCUUCAAUCCAGCGCCUCGCCACCGUCUUUCCAUUCCACACCAUCAGAAGCCGAUUCAAGUGGCUCGUCCCAGUCAAGUGGACAAUUCACCUGGGACGGACAGGGCGUCGGGUUCGAUAUCCACCCGCGCAUCAUGCAGGACAUGCGCGUCUUUGACAAGUUCGAGCAGUCGCCGUUCACUGUUGGCGGCGCUUUCGACUCCUCAGAGUCUUUCUUCCAGGCGAUGAGCGAUGUGCAGUUUAGCGGGUCGAGUGUGUAUGGGGCGGAGAUCUAUAGUGGACAGCAGCAAGUGCUGAAUACGUUUCAUCCGGCGCAUCCAUAUGGCGCCGUGAAUGGACUACAGGAGGUGCCAGUGCUGGAUCCAGCAUGGCAGAGCUUUGUGGAGCAGCUUGGGUUUUGA